CUACAAUGUGGACAUUUGCGGGCUAAUGAAUAACUUGUCGCGCAUUAUUUUGAUGCGUGGUUGGAUGUUAAAUGUAACUAAGCAUAGUAAUUUAAAGUCGCACUGUCCCUCGCAAGCGAAAUGUGUUGAAAGCCAUGCUCCCGCGCGUGUAUCGGAAAAGUCAAUUACUUUUUAUAGCAGUUUUGUUUUUAGUGCUGCGAGUAGAAAAAAGCAAUGAACGGAAGCAAAUCACGGCACUGUACUUUCGCAGCAUUGAGAUGGAGUUCAACCCGAAGUACGUCGCCAGUCUCUUCAGCAAUAUUUCUACCGAUCGCUCGACCAUGAAUUUGGCUCUAAAUCAGAUAAAAAGCGCGCCAGUGGAUUACUGGAUGAAAGUGUCUGUGUCAUAUAAACAGCAAGCUUCGAAGAAAUAUAUGUCGCUUUUGUCGUUUAACGUCAAUCUGUGCGACUUGUUUCGCAACGAGUUGAAUCAGCAGGGCUUGGUGCACUUAUGGAUGUCGAAUAUGCUGAAAUAUAGUAACAUGCCGCGCACUUGUCCUUGGAAAGCGGGUUUAUAUCACUGGUAUAAUUUGCGUCCUGAACCGGACAGUAUACCGAAAUUUAUAUCAACUGGCUUAUAUCGCAUAGAUUUUAUAUACUAUUUGAAAGCCUUACAUAAUGAUCCAUUUACAAACACGUCUAUAAUUUUCGAAUUGCACCGAAAUUAAAAUAAAUACUUUUAUCAAUAUUAAUG